AUGAGCAGCAACAGCCAAAAACAGUCAAAUUCUUGGGAGGAGAAGGUUGCAAAGAAGCGAAACGAGUGUGCUGCCAAGAUACCUUCGGAUUGGAGAGUCUCGGAACAGUUCAUGGCCAGAUUCAAGGCGCCAUUAUCCAGUAACAAGAAUGAUCUCAUUCGAACCAAGGCAAUCCAUGAAGCUGGGAUAUUGAGUUCACGUGAACUGAGUAUUACUGAAGAUUAUACGAUCUCAGAUCUCAUUUCGGCAUUGAGUAACGGGGGUCUCACAUCGACAGAAGUGACUUUGGCAUACUGCAAGCGCGCCGCUGUGGCGCACCAGUUGGUAUCUUGUUUGACCGAAAUUAUGUUCGCAGAGGCUCAAGAACGAGCUCGGUAUCUAGACGACCUGCGAGCGCAAGGAAAGUCAGCAGGACCCCUCCACGGUCUUCCUAUUAGUAUCAAAGACAAUUUCCACUACAAAGGAACCGAUGCGACUAUCGGGAUGGUAUCUUUCCUUGAUGACAUCUCAGCCAAAAAUUCGCCUCUUGUAGAUAUUCUUCUUGGGCUUGGCGCUGUGCUCUAUGUCAAAACAAAUGUCCCCCAAACAAUGAUGACAUCAGAUUCCCAUAACAAUGUUUUUGGACGCACUUUGAACCCUUGGAAUACCACACUCGGGCCUGGUGGCUCGAGUGGUGGCGAGGGCUCUUUGAUUGCUCUCCGGGGAUCGCCCCUUGGAAUAGGAACUGAUAUUGGCGGCUCUGUUCGGAUCCCCGCACAUUGUUGUGGAACUUACGGGUUUAGACCGAGUGCUUCCAGAAUCCCCAAUGGUGGAAUGCGUGUCUGCACCACACCUGGAAUCCGGUUCCUUCUGUCUUGCGCUGGCCCACUCUCAUUGGACUUGAACGGCAUCGAAAUAUUUUUCAGAUCGAUAUUCAAUGCCCAGCCCGCUCGUUUUGACUCGACUGUUCUUGAUAUUCCAUGGAGAGACGUCCCAACCAAGACAUCUCUAAGAAUUGGAGUAGUUCCUGAAUCAUCCAUGUUCCCACUCCAUCCUCCCAUUCGGAGAGUCUUGGCUGAAGCCGUUCGCUCUUUAGAAGCCCAAGGCCACAAGAUCAUCCAUCUAGAUGAAAAUGACACCCGGGUCAUGGAAGCUAAUGAAAUAUCCUGGAAUAUUUUCAGUCUUGAUCAGAAGUCCAAAAGUCUUAUUGAAGACGCAGGUGAACCUAUUGUACCGGGAAUUCACGAGAUUGCUAAGCGUGCUGAAAAACUGGGGCAAAUAAUCGAGCAUACUCUUCCCGAUCUGACUGAAUUUGAACGGCUGGAUAAACUCGCUCUUCUUAAUGUACGACGAGCAGAGCUACGAGAGGCCUAUCGAGAAUUGUGGCAGCAACAUGACCUCGACAUAUGCAUUGCUCCACCUGCGCAAAAUACUGCAGUGCCACAUGAUUUAUUUGGUCUUGCUCCAUACACCACUUUCUUGAAUUGCUUAGAUUACCCCUCAUGCAUUGUUCCUUUCGGGGAAGUGGGCGAUCAAGAUGCAGGAGAGACCUUCAAUUUGAAGGAAGACCAAGUGGCCCCUCCUUACGAUUACGAGCUACUCAAAGGUACACCGUGCUCCAUUCAACUCUUCACUACCACCAUGCGAGACGAGGAAUGCAUGCAAAUGGCAAAGCAAAUUGAUCAAUGUUUGAAGACCGGAAAUUCAUCCAAGAGGGUCUCUAAUAUAUAG